GCUGUUACAACGGGAAUGGACUGGAUUAACAGGAAAGGGCGAUUGUGAUUUUUUUUCUUUCUUUCCAGUUUAUUCGUACAAUAAGCAUUUUUUUUUUUUUUACUUAAUUAAUUUUUUGAAACUUCGGCCAGAAUUUUGUCAAAAAGAUAAAAAUGGACGUUGUAAAAGAGUUUAAAAAUGCUGUUAAGCACUUGUUGUUGUUAUUUUAACUGUUAAAGUUUCUGCUCGCAAACCGCUGUAUUGCUCCAGCUUUGAUGGCUGAACGAGGUGCACACUUGACCACCGCAGCUGCAGCUGAAGACAGACCGUCAAUAUUUGAAGUUUUAGCUCAGGACUCUUUGAUGAAUGCUGUCAAACCUGCCUUACUGCAUGCUGUGAAGAUCCUCGCCAUGUCUCACCCUGCUCGUUAUGGAGUUCUUUGGAGGAGGGUUGAUGAGAUUUAUAGCAUCCUGGAUUUGCUGUUGCAGCAGCAUUUCCUCUCCCACACCAGCGCCUCAUUUUCAGAGAACUUCUAUGGUCUGAAGCGUGUAGGAACAGACAGCACACGUCCUGCCCACUUGGGACUCCACCACAGACAGCACUGGCACUCCCUGCUCCUCUUGGCUCUCCUACCUUACCUUCACACCAAACUGGAAAAAAUCUUGGCUCGACGGAGAGAUGAAGAUGAUUUUUCUAUUCGAGUGCCACAGUCCUUCACACAGACGUUGUUCAGAGCUUUUUUGGCCGCGUACCCUUUUGUGUGCAUGGCCUGGAAUGGCUGGGUCUUCUGCCAACAGCUUUUGUAUGUCUUUGGCAAAACACAGACACAUUCACCCCUUUUGUGGCUGGCAGGGGUUAAAUUGUCAUACCUCACAGCUCAUGACAUCCGCAGCUUGAAGCUAUCAGACCCAGCACUGAGCCCCAGUCAAAGCAUUGGAAAGAAACUCCAGCACCUGAUCUCUACAGCAGUUGGUGGUGUUGCUGUGUCUCUUUCAACCAGCCUCUCGAUCGGAGUGUUUUUUCUGCGGUUUCUAGAGUGGUGGUAUUCAUCAGAGAACCAGAGCACUGUUAAGGCCUUGACCUCCCUUCCAACACCUCCACCACCUCUACACGUUCAUAGCCAGGACACUUCACACACACAUAUUAAAUUCUGCCCGCUCUGCAGGAAAGUGCGCACCAAUGACACUGCGCUUUCCACUUCAGGCUAUGUGUUUUGCUACAGGUGUAUAUACGUGUAUGUCAAAGCCAACCACAGAUGUCCCCUUACUGGCUGCCCCUCUGGACUGCAGCACCUCAUUAAAAUAUACAAACCUGAUGGAUAGACAAUCAAUUCUGUAUAAAUCAGAUCCUAUUCAUUUUAUUCCAGAUGCCUUCCCAUGCACUAAUACAGAUUCUCUGAUAAUACAUAAUUAUUACCCAUUGCCCAGAUGAACUGUUUUCUGUUCCAGUUUUUAUCCUAAAAAAUGCUAACAUGUUUGUGGUAUUAGUUCACUGUGAAGUGGUUAUCAUCCAUUAAUUUGUUAAAUAUGUAAAUAUUUAAUUUGACUGUUUACAUACACUACCGGUCAAACGUUUUGAAACACUUACUCAUUCUUUAUUAUAAUUUUUUUUUUUUUUUCACAUUUUAGAAUAAUAGUAAAGUCAUCAAAACUAUGGAAGAACAUAAAUGGAACUAUGGGAAUUAUGUUGUGACUAAACAAAAUCCCAAAUAAAUCAAAACUGUGUUAUAUUUUAGCAUCUUCAAAGUAGUCACCCUUUGCCUAGAAUUUGCAGAAAUUUACUCUUGACAUUUUCUCAGCCAACUUCUUGAGGUAUCAUUUUCAUUUUAAUCAUUUUAAACAGUAUUGAAGGAGUUCCCAUCUAUGUUGGGCACUUAUUGGCUGCUUUUCUUUAUUAUUUUGUCCAAGUCAUCAAUUUCAAAAACAUUUUUUUUUAAAAAAAUGUUAGUUUUAUAUUGAAAUAAAUUAAUAUGGUGGCACAAUUAUAUUUUUGUCUACAAAACUAAUUUCAUACAUUUAAGCAUACGCCUUCAGAUCAAAAGAUUUUUAAGAUCAUGAGAAACAUUUCAGUCAAGUGUUUCAAAACUUUUGUCCGGUAGUGUAUGUAUACCCUGUUAAUCAUCAUUGCCAGCUCUCAUCUAAUGCAAAUACAGCUCUGUGCCGAAACAUUUUUGGUGCAUUUUUCUCUUGAUCUCAUGCAACAUUACCUCAGAAGGAAGUCCUCUAUUUCAAAAUUAUUUUUAAUUGAAUCAUUAUACUAAAACUGUGUUGAUUAAAACCUGACCUUGGAGAUACUGUAGCGCGCACAGUCUAUUCCACAUCCAUAUUUACCCUUUUAAAUGUUUGAGAUUUGCCAUGUUUCACGACUGUGGCUUUUAAACUCAAAUGAGGUCUAAUUAAGAAAUAUUUAAGAUGAGGUAUUUAUGCUUGGAAUGUACAAAAUAAGUACAGUAUUUUUAGUCCAGUACCUAGAAUGCAACAUGGCUUACUAAUAAUUUAAUUUAGCCAAAUCCAAUGCACUUGUAAUGUGACUAUGAAAUAGCAUUAUUGGCCAAGUGUGAUUGCACACAAUAGGAAUUUGUCCUCAGUUAUAGAAAUGUUAGUACUUGAAGAACCAAACCCAACGGUUAUUGAAGUGCACAUGAGACUUUCGUGACAGUUGGCCCAGCUAAUUCAUUCUACAUAGUUUCCAUCUGCUUUAUUACAAUCUUGGUAAUACAUUAAAUAUAGCAACAUGUCAAAGCUUAUGUUCUUAUAUUUUGUUUCUUGCAUCAUUUCUAAUCAAAAAUAUUUUUCUGCAAAACAGAAUAAUUAAACAGGUCAGAGCAUCUAUACAGAGAAUAACUGGACUGAGUCCCAAACCACAUACUGUCUGAGGACGUACUCUGUUUUAAGAAAGGCGCACUUCUCGGUCGGUAACAGUACGUUCAUUAGGUAUGCAUGCAAGCAGUAGCGAAUCCUGGCAGAGGCGAUAUAGUCACCUAAUGCGACAACGCACAGAGCUCGCAAGAUCACGAUGGGAGAAAGGGGCCCCGAAUUGACAGGCUACUCAGCCUUAAAUGCUCUAUAUGGUUAGGAUAAUGGAUGUUCAUAAUGCAUUCUUACAUUCUGAACAAACAUAAAAUAACCAUGAUCAGCAGCAUAGGUACACCAUAACACAGGAUCGCCUCAGUGGUCUUGAGAAAAUUAGUAGCAACCAUGUGAUUGCUGGGCAGAAAUGUCAUAGUCAUUAAUGAUUUUGCAUCAACGAAAACUAGGAGGGGAGGGUUACAUUUGAAAUGCGGGAUUAAGUGUAAUAGCACAAGCAGCAAUCUGUAAGUAUUCUGCCAUUUUCUUUAUUUAUUGACUCUUUAAUUUGUGCAAUUUAAGUUAUGUAUAUACUGUAUAAUUUAAAUGUUAAUAUAAUUUGCUAUAUCUAUAUACAGCUCUGGAAAAAAUUAAGAGAUCACUGCAAAAUUAUCAGUUUCUCUGGAUUUACUAUUUAUAGGUACGUUUUUGAGUAAAAUGAACAUUUUUGUUUUAUUCUAUAAAGUACUGACAACAUUUCUCCCAAAUUCCAAAUAAAAAUAUUG